CCCAUUAUAACAGUGUCAUCAAUGGGCGCGCGCUGCCCGGUGUGAGAAGACUGUUGCACGUGAAUCACCGUGAUGGCCAGCAGCUUUGAUGUGGUGAAGAAAGUUGUGCGGUUCAAACUUCAGCUGACAGACACAGCAGAGUCUGCUACGGUUGUAAAGAUUUUGCAGAAACUCAAGGAUCUGGAUAUCACAUUGGACAUUCUUUCUGAAACUGGAAUUGGCAAAACCGUUAACUCCUUGCGUAGACAUGGGCAGGCUGGAGAAUUGGCCAAGUCGCUAGUUAGGGGUUGGAAAAGAUUGGUCCCCAAAGAAUCCACAAGCUUCACAGAAGAUGGGAUAUGCAAGAGUCUGUAUGUUAAAGACGAACUAGAUGGCCAAAACUGUCCAAACAAUGCAAGUUUGACAAUGGAGGAUUCAAACAAAAAUAGCUUAACAUCGCACAGUACGAGUCAGAAUUCUUCAGAUGAGGCCCUCUUCAAAACAAGGAGUAGGAAAGCUGAUUCAGAGAAACAAUGUGAAGAACAGAAAAGACACAAGGACCAGAAAAAAAAUCAAGAAAGCCAGGAUCUCUCUCAGAAUGGUGUCUUGAAAAAGAACAUUAAAAUCCAAAAGGAUCAAAUGGACAACUCUGUCUCCAAGAAGAGGAAAAAUGAUAAGAGCAGCAUAAAACCAGGAGAUACUGAUGCUUUUCUUGGAAACAAAAAUUCAGAGGACACUCAUCAGAAAUCCAGCUCAGAAAAAAAAUCAAAUAAGAAACAAAAAGAAUCAUCAAAACAAGGCAAAGAAUCGUUUUCAUUUAAAUCCUGUGAGAAGAAAUCAAAUACGUUAAAGAUGGCCAGUGUCAAAGAUGACAGAUCUUUAGAAAUACCGAGGAGCUCAGAGGCCCAAAACAAAAAAAGGAAAAAAACAAGUAAAGAGAAGCACGACACUCUAAAAUGCAAACAAGAGUCCGAAAAAAAGGAACAAUCAAAAAACAAAAAGGCCAAAAUAAAGCACAAAGACGAGAAAAGUGCCUGUGAGGAGUCCUCCUUGUCUUUUGAAUCCUACUUGAACUACGACGUGAAUGUUUUCAAGACAAAAGACAAAUCUGGAGUGAAGAAACCUCCAAAAACAAAGACUGUCGUAAAAGCAACAAAAGAUCCUGAAACUAAACAGUACAGCUCACGUGUGAUGUCUCUGAAUGUUACUUCCCCUACACAGAAGUUUAAGGACUCUGUAUUGGAGCUGCUUCCAAUCACCAUUCCUUUACCCGAUGUUCUGCGUGAAUGUCAAAAACCAUUCAGUGUUGAUUACUUUGAGAGGAAAGAUGAGAAGGAGUCUGAUUUCUGUGACUUCUCAGAGGAGUCUGCAGGCUUCACCGGUUACCGAUUUAACAAAAAGAUGCAGGUUUACUCUGGUGCCAAGACCGUCUUCCUCCCAGCCAUGAUGAGUUUGCACCAACAGUGUGUCCGCACUCUGCAGAAUAACAUUAACUUGCUUUAUGAAACUGGCGGAGUCCCGUUUGAAAUCCUCGAGCCGGUGUUGGAGCGGUGUACACCAGAGCAGCUGCUACACAUUGAAGAAUGCAACCCAAUCUACAUCGGAGAGACGGACCACUUAUGGGGGAAACAUUGUCAGAGGGACUUUAAAGACGCCAAACUUCAGGAGUAUGAAUCAUGGAAAGAGAUGUACGUCAGGCUGUCUGAGGAGAGAGAAAGAAAACUCAAAAGACUGACAAAAAGCAUCGUCUCGGCACAUUCUGUCAAACCCAAAGGUCGGCAGGUGAAGAUGGCAUUUAUUCACACUGUUGCCAAGCCACCGAGGGAUGUGAGGCUUCAGCAGGAAAUUCAUGGAACUGCUGCUCAGCAGCCUCAGCUCAGGUGCAGCGUCAAGGUUCAGGACAACAGGCCGAGGCCGAGUUGUAUUGAGCCCAGCAGGUCCAGCAGCAGUUCAGGGUCAAGCAAUACACAAGACCCUCGCAAAAAAACAAUCAUUUUCUUCAAAGGAGUUGCUCCAAUGAUGGCGAAGUCCUUAAAGGCAUUUAAGAAACAGCUGGGACGCAGAUAAAUGCUCUUAUAUGAUCUUGAUAUUUACAGUGUGUGGAUGUGGGGACGAUAGAAGGCCUGUGUUCACCUUUAGAUUACUCUGUGUUGUUUGUCUACAUAUACAGGCAUUUUCCGUGUUUUGUCUCUGUGUGAAUUGUCUUCACUAUUAAAGGAACAAUGGAAAGAGCAAA